AUGAUCCAAUUAGCUGGAAGGGUCGCAGGGAUGGACGCUGGGUUGCACAUCGCCCAACUGGAUCUAAAUCUACUCGUGCAACAACUGUGGUCACAUGACCAAGACAGUACCGAUGCUGAAGCGCAGGUCAAUGCCUAA